AAAAAAAGUUUGAGUGACUCGCAGGUGAAAGUGCGUCCGCCCCCGCACUCUAUAUAUGACUGUACCUGACUGUUCACGGUCUGAAACCUGCACUUCCUCCGCCUCACUUCAGACUUACAGUUAUUGAUAUCACGCUAAGGACAACGAAAGAAGAAAUGGCCGUUUCCCAGCAGCCCGGCCACGUCGUGUCUGUGACCACAGCCUCGAGCGCGCCUGGGACAUGGAGCACGGGCUUAUGCGACUGCUGCAGUGACAUGGGCACAUGCUGCUGUGGCUACUGGUGCUUCCCCUGCCUCCAGUGUCAAACUGCCCAGGAGUAUGGCUGGUGCUGCGCGAUGCCAUUGCUGGACUUCUGUGGUGUUGUGUCCUGUAUGCUCCGAGGAGGCAUCCGGGAGCGCUACAACAUCCCAGGCUCUGGGUGUGAUGACUGCUGUAAAGUGAUGUGCUGCUAUCCUUGCGUGUGGUGUCAGAUGAGCCGAGAGCUGAAAAUCAGACAAAACCACACCACCCAAAGCACAGUUUUUGUCACGACACACCACAGCUAGACGUCCCCUGAUUUAUUUCAACUGUAAAUGUCUAAGAUUUUACUUAAAGAUGCUCUAUGUGUGUGUAACUUUUUGGUUUGUGGUCCAUCAUCUUCUUGUUUCUAUGGAUAUGUCAUUGCUCUGCCUGGAAUGUUCCAUAGUAUGACUUUAAACAGCUCCGCCUUACAUUUAUUCAAGUUUUAUAGCUAAAAAAUACCUAGAGAAACACACAUUCUGACUGUGAGCGGGGUUGCCUCUCCACAGAUCUGACUUCUUGGCCUCGUUCUGAAACAUUCCAGACAAAGCAAUAACAUUUCCAUGAAGCCCUUCACCAGAAAAGUCACACAAUGCACCUUCAAGUAGUAGCUUAUAUGUGUGUUUUAUAAUAAUUACAGCUUCAUUUAAAUACACUUUUGCUCUGAAUAUUUUAAAAUAAAAUACUAAUUCUCUCA